AUGCGAAAAUAUGGCUUCAGAAUGCAUAAGUGGUUGCGGGAGACGAUCCAGACGAAGGCGACGGAGGCAUGCAGCCUCUCCUGCGGUUGCCUGACAUCCGCCAUCACCGCCCGCCUGCCCAUCCUGUCGUGGCUGCCGGCGUACAAGCUGCGGGAGUCUCUCCUUGGCGACAUCAUUGCCGGCGUCACUGUUGCCAUCAUGCAUAUUCCCCAAGGUAUGGCCUACGCGCUGCUGGCCAACCUCCCGCCCAUCAAUGGAAUCUACAUGGCUUUUUUCCCCGUGCUGAUCUACGCCUUCUUGGGCACCUCGCGACACUGCUCCAUGGGUACCUUCGCCGUUGUCUGCCUGAUGACCGGCAAAGUCGUAACAGAUCUGUCCUCUCCUGAAAGCGUCGACGUGGAGGGAGACAUAGUAAACAACUCCACAAUGACGGGACCAUCGUAUUCACCGAGCCAAGUCGCUGCUCUGGUUUCCUUUAUGGUUGGGGUGUGGGAGCUCAUCAUGGGCUUACUGCAACUCGGGUCACUUAGUGUCUUCCUCUCCGACAUGCUGGUGUCUGGAUUCACAACUGGGGCUGCCAUUCAUGUGUUGACGUCACAGGUCAAGUACCUCUUUGGGCUUCACAUUCAGCGAUACAGUGGACCAUUAAAGAUUAUUUAUACAUACCGUGAUAUCAUCCAGCAAUUACUAAAGUCCAACCCGGCAGCUAUGGUUGCUUCCAUGGUCACAAUCGGUGCUUUAACAUUUAACAAUGAAGUGAUCAAGCCUAAAUUGCGAGAAAAGACGAAAAUCCCCAUUCCCAUUGAACUCAUUGCCGUCAUUCUUGGAACGGUUGCCUCUUACUUUGGAGAGCUAAAUGAAAACUAUGGCAUUCGCAUUGUGGGAGAAAUUCCAACUGGAUUGCCUGAGCCGGAAGCACCACCAUUUGAGCUUCUACCAAAAGUGGUUGUGGAUGCAUUUAUUAUUACAAUUGUAGCAUAUACAAUAUCUUUCUCAAUGGCAAAGAUAUUUGCUAAGAAGCAUAAUUAUGAGGUUGAUGCUGCUCAAGAGUUAUAUUCACAGUCAGCAAGUAACGUAUUUGGAUCCUUCUUCGGAUGUGCUCCCAUUGCUGCGUCUUUGUCUCGGUCCCUGAUUCAGGAAGCAGUUGGGGGUGUCACUCAAAUCACGUCACUCAUCUCAUGUUCUCUUCUCUUGCUUGUCCUUCUGUUUGUGGGACCAGUUUUCGAAAAGCUACCAAAUUGUGUUCUGUCAUCAAUCAUUGUUGUGGCGCUGAAGGGCAUGUUCCUACAAGUGAAUGACCUGAAGAGGGUGUGGGCCAUCUCACGCGCCGAUGCAUCGAUAUGGAUUGCAGCCUUCCUUGCUGUUGUUAUUAUUGACAUAGAUUAUGGCCUGAUGGUUGGGGUCCUGAUGUCACUGGUAGUUUUGCUUUUUAGAGGCCAGAAACCUAACACAGCCAUUCUUGGUUCCAUCCCCAACACAGACAUUUAUUUGGAUAUUAAGAAAUACUCCUCAGCUGUGGAAAUACCUUCAGUUUGCAUAUUCCAGUUCAGUGGACCUCUUCACUUUGCAAACAGUGAAUACUUCCGAACUCAGAUUUUCUCUAUGACUGGCCUAGAACCUAAUGUAAUUGUUAGUACAAAGAAAGCUCUAGAGAAGAGGCAAUCAAAAUCUAACCUUGAAAUCAAGGAGAAUGGGGUGCAUGAGAGUGCAGAGAAGAUCCCUGAGAACUCUGAAGAGAAACCCAAGGACAGCAUCAGUGAGAAGCAACUAAACGGAGCAGCAAGGUUCAUCAAGGGGAGGUUCAGCAACAAGAAGAAUAAGCAUGUCGUACUUUCCUUGCCUGAAAUUAAAUGGAUAGUCCUUGACAUGAGUAAAAUCAUCUAUUUGGAUUCCACUGGCGGAAAACUUAUUGCACAGCUCCGGAAAGAAUACAAUGACGCUGGCAUCACACUUAUUCUUGCUUCAGUCUCGGAAAGUGUAUUGGAUAGCUUAGAGAAAUGCGGCACCCUGAAGGCAAUCGCUACAGAACAAAUCUUCCAUUCAGUCCAUGAUGCAGUUACUGUCCUCUCGGUAUUAGAUCAGUCAGCUGUUUCAGGAAGUAAUUGCACCAAGCUCUGA